CGAACAGCUCCAAGGUAUUUAUUUCUCACGGCCUACUCUGCGCCCCCCAGAUAUCAUCGUUUUUGAUGUUAUCGAACACACCACCACCUGGCCCCGGAAUUGCAACCUAUGAAUUGCCGCAGUUCGAUUAAUUGUCGAAGGAAGAUCCCCUUGAACAUCCGUCAUCACUUACUCAGCAAAGAUAUAAAGAUCCUCGCCGCAACUCUAUUCGCAUGCCACUCACAACGGUGAGAUACGCUAUGAUCACAGUUAACAGCCUGCUGUUAUUUCUUCCCCUCGGGGUUAUUGCAGCGCUUCUCAACUGGAACUCGGUGCUUGUUUCCGUCUUUAACUUUUUGGCGAUUCUACCGCUUUCCGCUAUUGUGUCGGACGCUUCAGACACAUUAUCGGACUAUUUUGGCGAUUUGGUCGGGGGAUUGAUUAAUGCGACCUUUGGAAAUGCGGUCGAGUUGAGCACUGGAAUUCUGGCCGUAGCCAGUGGAGAUACUUAUUUUGCUCAGUCGGUUAUGAUCGGGAGUAUCUUGUCAGAUAUUCUUUUGAUUAUGGGCGGCUGUCUCAUAUCAGCCUCCUAUAGCAAGCACAUCUUAUAUUUCAAUAUGGCCCAGACGGGUUCCUUAUCCUCAUUGAUGGUUGUCACAGCCGUGGGGUUGAUCCUACCCUCCGUUUUAUAUGCAACCUUUACCUCGGUGGACUUGGGCGAUCAAGUUCUUAGCUUCUCCCGUGGAACAUCCGCCGUACUGCUGGUGCUAUAUGCCGGAUAUCUCUACUUCCAACUGGGAACGCACAGACAUCUAUUUCAACAAGAACCGAAUAGUCCUCUAGAAGACCAAAGUGGUAAUGAUGAAAAUAAGGAGAAGCCGGAUCUAUCAAAAACUGUCCUCACUCUUGUCGCUUCAGGUAUUUCAAUCGUCAUCUGUGCCCACUUCUUCCUUGCCAGUGUUCCCGCUACAUCGGCCACGACUGGGAUUUCCAAGACUUUCAUUGCAACCAUUCUCAUCCCCAUCACCAGCAAUUGCCCCGAAGGUGUAGCAGUGAUUGCCGCUUCGUUCGGGGGUGGCGAUGUGAACUUUGCCAUCAGCGUCAUUGUCAGCAGUAUCUUGCAGAUCGGACUCUUUGCCAUCCCGUUCCUGGUCAUGCUCGGGUGGCUGAUUGGGGUGCCCAUGACGCUCUUUUUUGAGACAUUCCAAACGUUGGUCCUGUUCUUCGCUAUUCUAGUAGUUAACCAGGUUCUGAAGGACGCUAAGUAUACUUAUCUUCAUGGGAGUAUGCUGAUUGGGCUGUACGUGAUACUCUCGCUUGCAUUUUGGGUCCGCUGAGGGGCUAGUUUUACUACUUGAUCAAAGCAUCGCUAUACCGUGUUGAUUCAUUGGUGAAUGUGAAGACAUGAGCAAUAUACACCACAAGGCACCUUCCCAUUCCUGUGUUCUGUAUGGCAAAUUUUCA